UCACAAAAUUUAGAAGAUGAUUUUAAUGAUGAAAAGCAACAAUUGAGUUCAAGGGAUUUUGAAACUGUUGACUUCGAAGAAAAUCCUGUUUGGGUCUUUGGAAAGUUGAUCAAAUCUAUACAAUUAAUUAAAGAUUGGGCUGGCGGUAAAACUCCACAAAAACUAGAAGAAGGGCAUGAUACAUUUUUAGAAAAAUUUGCCAUGAUGACUGGUGAAAAUGAAAUACAAAUAAAAAAAUUCAAUUUUAAGGACAAGUCACAGCUUUACUGGAAAAGGAUUAUAAAUCCUAAAGAAUGGAUCGUGGAUCCAGCUAACAACCCUUACUAUUAUUGGUGCUUAUUUGUUACUAUGGUUAUGAUAUACAACCUAGUCUUAGUUAUUGCCCGUUGCGUUUUUUUAGACUUGCAAACACGAUACAGAAAUGUUUGGUUUAUACUCGAUUAUUUGGGAGACUUUAUUUACCUUUUAGAUAUAGGAGUGCAAUUGUGUACAGGUUACUUGGAACAAGGUUUGCUCGUGAACGAACACUCCAAGUUAAUGAAAGCCUAUAUCAAAACUUGGACAUUUAAAUUUGAUAUCAUAUGCAUUUUACCAACAGAUUUGUUGUAUUUACAUUUUGGUCGUGAUUGGACAGUAGCGCGCUUCAAUCGUUUAUUUAAAUUUUCGCGAUUUCGAGAAUUUUUCAAUCGAACAGAAAGUCGUACAAAUUUUCCUAACGUUUUUCGUAUUUUUAAUUUGAUGAUAUAUAUCAUCAUAAUAAUUCACUGGAAUGCUUGCAUUUAUUUUUACAUCAGCCUCAAAAUAGGAUUAGGAUCAGAUGGAUGGGUUUAUAAAGACAUACACGAACCUGGCUGGGAUGAUUUAACCACAAAAUAUAUUUACAGUUUUUAUUGGUCCACUUUAACCCUUACAACAAUAGGUGAAACACCCCGACCAGAAAGAGAUGAAGAAUAUUUGUUCGUAGUUAUUGAUUUUAUGAUAGGUGUUCUGAUAUUCGCCACCAUAGUAGGUGAUGUCGGGGCUAUGAUGACUAAUGCUAAUGCCUCUAGGGCCGAAUUUAGAAACAAAAUGGAUGCCGUGAAGCGCUAUAUGGAAUUAAGGAAAGUACGAAAAGAUUUAGAGCGACGAGUUAUUAAAUGGUUUGAUUAUUUAUGGAUCAAUAACCGCCAUAGUUUAAACGAAGAAGACACUAUAUUAUCCAACUUACCAGAUAAACUGAAGGCCGAAAUAGCUAUAAAUGUUCAUUUAGACACCUUAAGAAGAGUAACUAUAUUCAAAGAUUGCGAACCCGGGCUAUUGGUUGAAUUAAUAUUGAGGCUAAAAUUACAAGUUUUUUCGCCUGGUGAUUAUAUUUGCAGAAAGGGAGAUGUAGGUAAAGAAAUGUAUAUUUUAAAACGUGGAAAACUGAAUGUGGUAUCAGAAGAUGGAAAAACUGUGUAUGCCACGCUUAGUGAUGGAAGUGUCUUUGGAGAACUGAGUAUAUUAAAUAUUCCGGGAAACAAGACCGGUAAUCGGAGAACAGCUAACGUUAGAAGCCUUGGAUAUUCAGAUGUAUUUUGCCUAUCAAAAGAUGACCUUUGGGAAACUCUUGAAGAUUAUCCGGAAGCAAAAAAAAUUCUCUUGGAGCGAGGGAAAGAGAUCUUAAAAAAAGAUAACCUUUUGGACGAGGAGGUGUUCAAUCAAGUUGAAGAGAGCCAAAAAGAGGGGGGAACUGUUCAAGAAAAAAUAAUCGAUCUUGAAAAAAAAUUAGAUUCUUUACAAACUCGAUUCGCUCGUUUAUUAGCUGAGUUUACAAAUAGCCAAUAUAAAUUAAAACGAAGAAUUACGGCUAUGGAAAAGAAGAGUCCUACUAAUUUUGAUAUAUCACUUUAUAAAAAAAAGAGCGCAUACCCCAUGCCAUCCUCAAUAAAAAUUAGAUGCAGACUGUUGCUACCUAUCCCCUCCCCUGUUCAUGUAGACGCUAGCAGUGUGGCGCUGGUGUUGCCCUUAACUGUAUAUACUGAGGCCGUGCUUACCCUAUGA